AUGUUUAAGCUUGUUCUUCGAGGCGUCGAUCUACAGGCUCGCGAUUUUGCCGGUCGAACUGCCCUUCUGCUGGCGGCUGAGGCGAAGACACCAACUCCUGUCGGCCGAAAUGACUUCGCUGAUGAGUCGGCCGAGAUUGGGUUCUGCCUCCAGCUCUCGGACUCCAGCCAACCCGACGGAUUCAUCAGACAGGCCACUCGGCCACCCUCGAAGCAGGUGAGACCUGCCGGAAUCGGUUUCAGUUGA